AUGAUAUCCAUGGUGAAUCAUGAUAAAAUUCCCCUUGGUGAUAUCCUAUAUAAUGCCAUUCUUGGGAAAACCAUUGGUCAUGGUACCAAGCACAAGGGGACUCUUGUGUUCCCCUGUCUGAUUCAGCGCCUUUGUGAGAAAAAUGGGGUGGCAUUUCUUGAUUCCGAUCAGUGGCAUCCCCCCAUUGGUCCUUAUGGCAAGGCCUCUGCUGCCCUUAGCCAGAGAGUUUCCAGGACCUUUCUCACUUCUGUGUCGUCUUCCUCUGAGAAUGCCUCUCUCAGAGCUCAGUUGGCUGCCAAGGAGGAGUAUAUCCAACAUCUUUUGACCCUUAUUCCAUCCACUUCGAUUCCGGCACCUCCUGCUGCUGCUGCUGCUGCAGAUCCUCAGUCUGCUCCUGCCACUGAUGAGGACUCGGAUGACUCUGUGGAUUCUGGGGAGGUGUUUUGUAAUCUCAUUGGGGAGUUGUUCUGUCCUAUUUUGAACAACUGGUAUUUGACUAGUCAUAACUCUAUGGUACCCUCACUUCAUCAUCUCCUUAGUCUCGGUUUUGGGUUGAGUGUUCUUAGAGAGUGUGUUGCCAAGGAAAGCCAAAAAGGGGGAGAUUGUUAA